AUGAUUCUUGGAACAGAAGUAAACGAAUUUGUUUCUAAUCGCUAAUAAUCUAAAAUUCAUUAUCUUUCUGAAGAGAAUAAAUCCUUGUAAGAAUAUAUCCAAGACCUUGAAAGAGCUUUGAAAUUGAAUAAAUAAGCAAUGGCACUAACAUUAGAAGGGUUGAAUAAAAGACCAUAAGUAUUUUGGAUUAUUAUAUAGUUGAUAUCAGAUAGUAGCACAAUGUCAACAGGGUAUAAUAAUUAUCAGAAUUCCUAAUUAGAAGGAGUCAUAAAAUUAUUAAAUGAAGAGAAUCAAAAACUAAUUUAAGGAUUGUCCAAUUAAUAAAGAAUCUCUCAAUAAUUAUAAACUAAAAUAUUAUUGUUAGAAUAGAUCUCUGAGGAACAAUAAAAUUAUUAUAAAGAUUUAAUAGGAGAUCUAGAGUACAAACUAAUAGAAUUGAAACGAAGUAUUCAUGAUAAGGAAUAUGCUAUCUAAGAAUUAGAAAGAAUGAAACCUAUACAAGAGAAAGAAGGCUAAUUGGUUAAAAUAGUUGAAGUUGUUACUCCUUCAGAAUCAAAUCUAAAGUUGCAUGAAGAACUUGAAAAUGUUAGAAAUCUCUUAAAUAAAAUCACUAUGGAGGCAUAAACCAUAAGUGAAACAAAUAGUGCCUUAAAAGAAGUAAAUUAUGUAAGUAUUUUUUAUCCAUAUUUAGAAUUUAAAAAGAGAAAUAUUUAAAUUGAGAAUUGUUUUGAGAAGUUAAAUUAAUUUUUAGAGUAUGAAAGGUAAAACCAUUAAAUUUAUAAUAGAUUUUGUAUAUAAUGAAUAUCUAGAUAAAAAUGAUGAAAAUCUUCAAAUCAAUAGAGAAGUUUAAAAUCAAAGAGGUAAACUAGAACAAAUGCAUUAAGAAUUAUAUGGAACUUCUAAUUUAGGUUAUGGUUUCUCUCCAGAACCAUAAUAAUUAAAAUAUUUGAGUAAAAAUGAAAGAAUGAUUUAUCAAGAAAAAUUACAUAAAAUGGAAAUGAUGGUUAAAGGAUUCAAAGAAUUAUUUGAAAAAGAAAAAAAUGCUAAUUUACAUGUUAGAAAAUUAUACAAUGAUUUACUUGCUAAGUAUGAAUACAUAUUAGAUACAAAUGAAUUAAUUAUUAAAUCAAAUAAUUUAAAAGAUGAAAGAAAUGAAAAAUAACAAAUUGAAUUAUCAUUCUAUAAAAAAUAAAGUUAAAGUUUAAUGGAAUAAUUAAGAAAUAGAAAAACAUUUAAUUCUAUACCUUUAAAUCAAGAAUAAGAUAUUGCAGUUGGAAUAUUUAGUCCAAGAUAUCAAUAGUAGAGAUAACUUAAUAAUCAAUCUUAAUCACCUUACUCAAAAGUACAAUAAACUGUUCCAGAUGAUUUAGAUAUUAAAAACUCUGCUAGAUGCUUAAAUUAAACAAAUUAAAAUAAAAUUGUCAAAACUCAAUAAAAUAAUCCAGUUUAAAACAUUUCUGUUAAAAAAUAGAUUCAAGAAAUAUAAAUUUUAAAUGAUAGUUAAUCUAUUGAAUAGGAUAAAUAUAUUUGUUAAACUGCCAGAGGAGAUAAAUAAAAACUAACUCAAUUAACUUCAUAAUAAAAAGGAUAAAUAAUUUAAUAUUAUGAUAUGACUAAAUCAGAGUGUAUUGAUUUCUUAAUGUCAAUGUUUAAUGAUUAUUUUCAAAAAUUUGAUGUAAACUAUUUCUUUAUGUCUCUCUUAGUUAAAUAAUGUAAAAAAACAAUAAUUGAUGAAAUAAAUGUAAAACACCAAUCUACAUAAAAAAUCCAUUAAAAGAUCUUAUAGUAAUCCUUUUCUCUAUUUUUCAAAUGUUUAAGCAAUUACUUUCAAUUAACCCCCAAAAUAAUCCGUCAUUGCUCUAGUAUUUUAAUUAUCUAUCUUAGGCAAAAAAUGAAAUUUAGAUUUUGUUAACUGAACUAUAAAGUAAAAAGUAGAAAUAAGUCUAACAUAAAGUUAAUGAUGUCUUUAAUAUUGAUGUCUCUAAAAUAGAUUUGAAACAAAAUAAAAGACAAAUGUUUGAUCAUGAUUUAAGUUUUAUUUCAAACUCUGAUGGGCAUGAUUGA